GCUGAGGGAACAGCCCAACUCCUUCCUUUCGUCAAAAUAGCCUUGAUUAUUUGUUUCCCUUGUUUUCCUGUUGAUCAAAGUAUCUGUUUAAAGUCACGCAACCGUCCGGAGAAUGUGUCAUUACCAUGAGUGCCUUAUUUCUUGAUAAAAGACUUGUGAAAUAUUUGUAAUCAUAAAUGGCUACACGCCACGAGUCUUUAUCACUACAAGUGAUAACAUCGCCGUUCCUUCGUAAUGUCGAAGCGGCCAAUGAUGGCAGUGCAUCAGGUGUGGAAAGACGUAUGUUUCGAAAAAGUCUCGAAAGGCUUGAACGGAUCAACAUGAUUGACUUAGAACCCUUUAGUUCUGAAUCAUAUCAGACCUCUGAUCAGGGUCCUAGUGGAGAUAAAAAGCAGUCAAAGCUUCAGAACAGGCUUAGCAGGGAGAUUCUUGGAGUUGAUGAUGCAGUAUUAUCGGCUCCUGAUAUUGCCCAGUUACAAUCUCAGGAAAGUCGCCUUCUCAGCAACCAAUUGUCUAUGAAUGGUUCGCUAAAUCAAACAGACGUGGAUGAUGAUGCCAGUAGUGUGGUUUUUGGUGGAUCAAUAGCAUCAACGGUCCCAGACAAGUAUGGUUUCUUUGGAGGAUCUCAGUUCAGUCAUGAUACUGAUAUAAACCCAGCCAUGGUUGCAAUUUUUCGCAAAAGGGAGCAAAAAUGGCUAAACAUGCUAGAUGAUUGGGAAAAGUACAUGACCUACAAAUAUAAAAAGGUGAGAGACCGAUGUAGAAAAGGAAUACCCAGCUCGAUCCGUCCUAGAGCGUGGCAGUAUCUGUGCGGUGGUGGCGUACUCAUGGAAAAGAAUAAAGGUGUUUUCGACGAGCUCCUCUCUCAGCCUGGAGAUCCCAAAUGGCUUGAUGACAUACGCAAAGAUUUGCAUAGGCAGUUCCCUAUGCACGAGAUGUUUGCCGAUUCCAAUGGACCCGGCCAAGUUGAAUUAUUUCGGGUGCUAAAGGCUUACACCAUCUUGAACCCUGUAGAUGGGUACUUUCAAGGACAGGCCCCAGUUGCAGCUAUGCUCGUGAUGCAUAUGCCAGCCGAAGAGGCAUUUUGGUGUUUGGUGGCUAUUUGUGAACGCUAUUUACCCGGAUAUUACAGCCAAGGACUGGAAGCAGUCCAAAUUGAUGGUGAUGUCCUUGUUGCCCUUCUAAGAAAAGUAUCACCUUCCGUCCAUCGCCAUUUGACGAAACAAAAAUUAGAUCCCGUGCUUUUCAUGAUGGAGUGGUUCAUGUGCAUCUACACGCGUACGCUUCCUUGGGCUUCUGUGCUUCGUGUUUGGGAUAUGUUCUUUUGUGAAGGAGUGAAAGUGCUCUUCCGGGUUGGACUGGUCAUCUUAAAGUACAGUUUUAUGAAACCCAAGACGAUGAAGGAAUGUCCGACAAUGUACGAAUCAAUGGAAGUAUUGCGUAACCUCCAUUCCAGCGUCACGGAAGAAAACGUCCUCGUUUCUCGCAUGCUGAAAUUGCCGAUCGGUGAAGAGGAUAUGGAAAGAGUACACAGGAAAGUAGUCGAAUUAAGAAAAAAGGCUGCUUCUUCUUCAACCCAAUGCAAUUAAUUGCAACGCCUUAUUCCCUUCCUCAAAUAGACAGAUUAUAUAUCAGAGAAGGUAUUAUCUCGUUAAAACAAAAAGAUAGAAACCGAACACGAAUUGUUUAAAAAGUUAAUUUUUUGUUUUGUUUCUCCCGUUAUCAACCAAAGAUCUUGGUUAUUUUCUGUUUUUUUAUUUUUUAUUUACGACGUGGUUGGACCAUUCGAUUCCCCCCCCCCCCUUCAGCGAUGUGUUUCCAGUCGGUGCUUUAUAUUAAAAAAAUCCUAUGUCGAUAGAAAAAACAAAAGAUUUUCACAUUUUGUUUUUAAAUAUAUAUAGAUAAGAUGUCGUCAUAUAUUUGAUCUUUCCGUAGAUCACAAUUUGUUUAACAUUAAUAUUGUUUAUUAUUCGGAACGUAACAGAUUUGUUUUGCCCUUCUCCUUGGCUUGUGGCUAUAAAAUGGAAAGGAAUCGCCAAUUAA